AUGGGAGAGCGACACGGGACGGUACUGCUGCUGCUGCUGGCGCUGCUGCUGGCCCGGGCUGGCCCCAAGCAGCCGGAGCCUCCGGAAGCGAACCUGUUGUCAGGACCAUGCGGCCGCCAGGCCAUCCCGUCGCGCGUGGUGGGUGGAGAAGACACAGAGCUGGGUCGCUGGCCCUGGCAGGGAAGCCUGCGCCAGUGGGGCAGCCACAUCUGCGGAGCCAGCCUGCUCAGCCGCCGCUGGGCGCUCACCGCUGCCCACUGCUUCGAGUCGUCCAGCGACCCUUUCGAGUUUACAGUUCAGUUUGGCGAGCUGACUGCCAGACCAUCCUUCUGGAACCUGCAGGCCUACUACAAUCGCUACGGGGUGGACCACAUCUUCAUGAGUCCCGGCUUCAAGGGCGACUCGCCGUACGACAUCGCCCUGCUGAAGCUGUCCUCUGCGGUCAGAUACACUGACAACAUCCAGCCGGUCUGCCUCCUGCCCUCCACAGUGCGGUUUGAGAAUCGCACAGACUGCUGGGUGACCGGCUGGGGCAAUGUGGAGGAGAACGAGGUUCUGCCGUAUCCCUAUACUCUCCAGGAAGUGCAGGUCGCCAUCAUCAACACCUCCAUCUGUAAUCACCUCUAUCAUAGAACAGACUUCCGCUGGAACAUCUGGGGAGACAUGGUGUGUGCAGGCGAACCCCAAGGAGGCAAGGAUGCCUGUUUUGGGGACUCUGGUGGACCACUCGUCUGUGACACAGACGGCCUCUGGUAUCAGAUUGGUGUUGUAAGCUGGGGCAUAGGCUGCGGCCGGCCCAACCGGCCUGGCGUCUACACCAACAUCAGCCAUCACUUCCGUUGGAUUCGGCACGUGAUGAUCAACAACCCAGGGCCCACGCUGGGCCCCUCGCUGCCGCUGCUGACCCUGCUGUGUGUGCUGCGAACCCUGUAG